AUGUCGGAGCAGGAACCCACCGACGUGCCCGAGGCGGCGCCGGACGCCCCGGCCGAGGAGACGCCGGCCGCGGAGGAGCCUGCGCCGGAGGCCGAAGGCCAGCCCGAGGGUGAUGCUGCGCCCGCAGCGGAGGACCCUGCGCCCGAGGACGCGCCGCCCGCCGCCGAGAACGAGGCCGACGCCGCCGCUGAGCCGCCCGCGGACGCGGGCGACGACGCGCCCGCUCCCCCGGACGCACCGCCCGCCGACGUAGACACCGACGCACCUGCCGAGCCCGCGCCGGGGCCCGCGGGCGACCCGGGGGACGCCGCCGCCGCGUCCGAGGACGCAGCCGAGCCCGAGAAGCCCGAGGACGCGCCGCCCGCGGACCCGGAGCCCGCCGCGGACGCCCCGCCGGCCGCGGAGGACAGCGCACCCGCGGAGCCCGAGGCUGCGCCCGCGGCGGAGGAGGACGCCGCGCCGGCCGCGGAGGAAGAAGCCCCCGCGACGCCCGCAGCGGAGGAGGAGCCCGCGGCGGAGCCGGAGCCCGCAGCGGAGCCGGAGGCCACCGAGGAGCCUGCGCCGGCCGCCGAGGGCGCCGCGGAGCCGGAGCCUGCGCCGGAGCCCGAGGCGCCCGCGGAGGAGACGCCCGAGCCGGAGCCCGAGGCGCCGGCGGAGGCCGCGGAGGACACCGCUGCGGACGAUGCGGAGGCGGACGCUGCCAUGGGCGACGACGUAGGCGAGGGCGGCGCGGAGGAGGCGCCGGCGGCGGAGGAGGCGCCGGCGGCGGAAGAGGCGCCGAAGCCCGUGGUGCCUGCGAAGGCGAAGACGAUGGGCGUGCGUCCGUACCUGGACAGCACCGUGGUGCCGAUCCUGCGCCAGGGACUGAGGGCGCUCGUCAAGGUGCGGCCGGAGGACCCGUACGAGUGGCUCGCGAACUACCUCGUGCAGCACAAGCCCCUGUCCUAG